GGUGACUUUGAGUUCAUGGAUGAUGCCAACAUGUGCAUUGCCACUGAGACUUCUCUUCUCAUGAUUCUGAUAUGUGCUAUGGCUACUUAUGGAGUAUACAAGCAACACGCAGCCUGGAUUAUCCCAUUCUUCUGUUACCAGAUCUUUGAUUUUGCCCUGAACACGUUGGUUGCAAUCACUGUGCUUGUUUAUCCAAACUCCAUUCAGGAAUACAUGCAACAACUGCCUCCUACUUUUCCCUACAGAGAUGAUGUCAUGUCAGUGAAUCCUACCUGUUUGGUCCUUAUUAUUCUUCUGUUUAUUAGCAUCAUCUUGACUUUCAAGGGUUACUUGAUUAGCUGUGUUUGGAACUGCUACCGAUACAUCAACGGCAGGAACUCCUCCGAUGUCCUGGUUUACGUUACCAGCAAUGACAAUACGGUGCUGCUACCCCCGUAUGAUGAUGCCACUGUGAAUGGUGCUGCCAAGGAGCCGCCACCACCUUACGUGUCUGCCUAAGCGGAGCUGAGGGCAGCAGCUUGACUUUUUUGACAUCUGAGCAGUAGUUCUGUUAUUUCAC